UCUGACCCGGUUAUCGAACCGGGACAAAGAAGAAGAUAUGAAUAUGAUUCGGGCGAGUGCCACUCACCUAGACCGCUUUUCAAAAAUAUGCAGACCUGUCAAAAUCAUCAUCCAAUAUCCCGAAACCCUAGAUUUCCUCUUCUUCCCCGUCCCCGAAUUCCUCUCCCCUUACCACAAAUACUCCACUUCCCCGCUGUUGCUAUCUCUCCACAAAACCCUCGCCAUGCCCGGCCCCACCUCCCUCACUCUCAUGCCAUCACCGCCAUCCCCCUCGCCGCCAUCCCCACCCGCAUCGGACCUCUUGAUCUAUAAUCCAACCGCCGUUCACUCCUCCGGCGCCAUCACCGCCGAACCACUUCAGAUGCGGUCUGAGAUGGCCGAUGUGAGAGGGAAGAAACGGGAGGGAGGAUCGUCGAAGGAUCGGCACACGAAGGUGAAUGGGCGGGGGAGGAGAGUGCGGUUGCCGCCGAUCUGCGCGGCGCGGAUCUUCCAGUUGACGAGGGAACUCGGGCAUAAAUCUGACGAGUGGCUGCUGCGGCAGGCGGAACCCUCUAUCCUUGCAGCCACCGGCAGUGGAAUCAACCAGCCCCCUUCCGCCACCACUGCCACCUCAUCUCCGGCACCAUGUCCUCCUUCCCCGCCUCCACCGCUGGCGCCGCCCACCGGUUACUUUCAGUUCAGUGGAAUUAUGGACUACGGUGCCGCUCUGAAGGGCUUUGGUUUCUCCGCGAUGUCCGACGGAGGUGAGGAUUUGGGGGUGGGAUUCCGGCAUAUGCCGUACUACACAGCAAUGCUGAUGCGUCCGGUGAGCGCCGACGAUGAGGACAGCCGCGCCGCCAUCGCGCAACCUCAGGAGGAUUAGCUGAUCUCUUCUGUUGGGAUUGUGUGAUUUAUCCCCCGAGUAAUUCUCUGAAGCUGUUCGGCGGUAUACAGUAAUCUUUCUAUAUGUAGAGCUAAAUUUUAAGUAAAUGCUGUUAGAUGUAGCCGUCUGUAACCCUAACAAUAGUUCGUUUUUUCCAAGUGCGCGCUGCUUCAUUUGUUUUGACUA